AGCGCUGUUUACCUUCGAGAGUUUCACGUGUUUUCGUAAAAUCAGUCAAUUUUUGUAAUGAAAAGUUUGAAAUUGUUCUAAAAGUUAUUGAAAGUAGAAAAAAACUCCCAAAAUGCCAAUCGAUAGUAGUGACGACGAGGCGAUCAACCAGCUUUUGGAUUCGUACCGGGCGGAGAUAGGCAUAGAUCAAAAAGACUCCGGUCAAGGCGAUUCGAGUGAGGACGAUUCUGAUGGUGCCGAGGACGUAGCUGAUGUUAAACAGGAAGAAGAGGUUGGUGAAGGGAAGGAAACCGUUGAGGCUCUGAAAAAGGACGAGGACAGUGAAGAUGAGACCGAGGACCGGAAGGACGAUGUGUUCAAUCAGUUGGACGAGCAAUCCAUCGACAAGCCGAAAAGCGACAAGGAGAAGGAGCUUAUGUCGUUGGUUUUCGGAGGCCGAGCUGAGAUGGUGUCCAAUCUGAUGAAGGUUGAGAAAGAGGAGGAGGAGGAGGACGAGGAGGAAGAAGAGUACAGUGACGGACAGCAGAAAAGAAAGAAACGAAAACGUACGGCCGCCUGGGAGGAUUCCGAUGAUGAAAGAGAUAACGAUUUCCCCCAGAAGGGUAAAGGAAAGCUGGAAAUGCGAGCCACAGUAAACCGCCGGAGGAAAAACUUUGAGAAGAUCGUUGGUCAACCGAAGUGGGCUGAUUUGGAUCGAGAGCGAGAAGUUGACUCGGAUGAUGAGAUUCUGAAAACGGUCGGUCAUGUAGUAAAAGGGUCGACCGUGGACUUGCCCAAGGGAAAUAUCGAGUUGAAGCGAUUGAAGAACCUGAAUCGAGAGACGAAGAACGAAGGCCAAAUCACGGCGAUUAACUUCCAUCCUACGUCCAUGGUGGCGGUCAUGGCCGGAAUGAACGGAUUUGCGUCGAUUGUGGCUGUGGAUGGGACCAAGAACGAAAAGCUGCACACGAUUGGUCUGAAAAAGUUCAAGAUUGCUUGCUGCCGAAUGACCCCGGAUGGAAAUGAGGUACUGUUCGGGAGCUUCCGGAAAUUCUAUCAUGUGUACAACUUGAUAUCUGGCCAGAGCGACACGUUACAACUGAGAGGAGAGGGCGCCUGGACCAUGAAGAACUUUGAGCUGUCUAAGUGCGGUAAAUAUUUGACCGUUACCGGAGGAUUCGGCGAGAUCCAUUUGCUAGAUGCCCGGAGCAAGGAACUUCUAAUCACCAUCCAGCAGAAACACGCCUGUCCUUCAUUAUGUUUUACUCCUGAUUCCAAAUACCUCAUAUCACACAGCACGGACAAUGAAGUCUCGAUUUACCAUCUUGAGAAACGCCGCUUCGUCAAUAUCUUCGUCGACGAGGGAUGUGUGAAUGGAUCCUUUAUAACCGUGUGUCCCAACAAUCGUUACCUGGCCACAGGAAAUCGCCAAGGAAUUGUCAACAUUUACUUCCUGGAAAAAGUCCUCCACGAAAAAUAUCCCACUCCGGAGAAAACCGUGUCCAAUUUGACCACUUCGGUGGGAUCGAUGGCCUUCAACGUCACUUCUGAGCUGCUGGCCAUUGCCUCGGCGGAAGUCCCAGAUGCGGUCAAGUUGGUGCACAUGAAGAGCGGAACCGUCUUCCGAAACUUCCCGAUGAUCAAAGCUGGGCUGGGAAACGUCACGCGGGUGCAGUUCUCCCCGGGAGGUGGCUACCUGGCCAUCGGUAGUCGGGAAGGAGUGGUUUCACUGUUCCGGGUGAAACAUUAUCAAAACUAUUGAAAGUUUAAUAAACACUAUUUUAUAAGCAA